AUGGAGACAGAGCCAGAGCGAGGCAAUCCGUAGAGUUGGACAAAUGCGAGGGUGUUUAUUUCCGCUAUUGCCGUUUGCCUGUGAAUCGAGGCAGCGACAGAACUCGUCACUCUUUGUUAACGGAUAACAAUCUCAAAUACCGUCCUGGGUUAUUAUCUUGGGGUAGCUACAUGUCGCGACAGUGAGUGACGAGCGGGGGGACCCCGAAGCAGGUCGUUGUGUUGGUUCAGCCCCGGAGGACUCCCUCCCUGCAGCCGCAGUGAAAGAUGUGCGAUGGAAUGGUAGCGGCCGAAACGAGAGCCUCGGUCCCCACCUCUCCUGCCGACAGACUGCUUCUCUCCCUGCUCUUCUUCCUGGCCGUCGUCUCCCCAGGACAGGCGUCAGAAUGUGUGAGGCCCCCCAGCGUUCAGCACAGCUGGGUGAACCUGACAGAGACCAACCGGGGCUCCUUCCCUCUGGGCACGCUUCUGCAGUACAGCUGUGACUCGGGCUACAUGCUGGACGGGCCCAGCACCAUCUCCUGCACCGCAUCAGGCCGCUGGUCCGCCGACCCGCCCCACUGCGUACGCACCAACGUCUGUCGGAAGCCCUUUGAGCCCGAGAACGGAGGGUACACCUGCCACCCGUCCCCCUGCCACCGGCUCACCCCGGGCACCGUGAUCGAGUACUUCUGCGACGAGGGCUACGUGCUCAAGGGGGACUACAAGUACCUCACCUGUCAGAAUGGGGAGUGGGACUCCCCCAUGCAGAUCAGCUGUGUCCUGGACACAGAGCGAGGAUGCGCGAGGCCCCCCAGCGUUCAGCACAGCUGGGUGAACCUGACGGAGACCAACCGGGGCUCCUUCCCUCUGGGCACGCUUCUGCAGUACAGCUGUGACUCGGGCUACAUGCUGGACGGGCCCAGCACCAUCUCCUGCACCGCAUCAGGCCGCUGGUCCGCCGACCCGCCCCACUGCGUACGCACCAACGUCUGUCGGCCGCCCUUUGAGCCCGAGAACGGAGGGUACACCUGCCACCCGUCCCCCUGCCACCGCCUCACCCAGGGCACCGUCAUCGAGUACUUCUGCGACGAGGGCUACGCGCUCAAGGGGGACUACAAGUACCUCACCUGUCAGAAUGGGGAGUGGGACUCCCCCAUGCAGAUCAGCUGCCACCCUGUCCAAGAGCGGGACCUGCCCUCGCCUUUGGGAAUGCCCACGCUGCCCAUCGUGGCCUCCACUGCCAGCUCGGUGGCCCUCAUCCUCCUCCUCGUAGUCCUCUUUGUGCUGCUGCAGCCCAAACUCAAGUCCUUCCAGACCAGCAGACGGGAGCAGGGCGUGCCCGGCCAGCCCGUGUCCAUCGUGGUGGAGGGCGUCCAGGUGUCCCUGCCCUCCUACGAGGAGGCGGUGUACGGCAGCGGGACCGCCACCACCCCUGCCCCGCCCUCGGAGUCCCGCGUGCAGAUCGUGCUGUCGGAGGGGGCGCAGGGGGAGGGGCCGCAGGCCCAGGCCGAGAGCAGUCUCCCCUCCACCUCCUCCGGUCAGUCCGAAAUGGUGCUGGUUCACCAGGUGCCCUCCUCUUCCUCCUGCUCCUCCUCCUCCUCCUCGUCCUGGGCCCCCGAGCAGGCUGGCGCCUCGGGCCCCCGCCCCCAAAGGCGGGAUUCGUACAGCGGCGACGAGCACUGCCUCCUGUCCCUGGCCUCUGUGGAAGACCUGGCUGAUGAUAUUCCCUUAUUAAAGGAAGCCUGAAGUCUUCUGCCGCCGCUGAAUCGCCCUGGACCCUCCCUGCUGCUGCCUCCUCUGUCUUUGUUCUGAAAUAUUGGAAGCUAAGCUUUUCUCUUAAC